AUGGAAACUCCACAAUCCAGUGUUAUUGAUAGUGCUCUUUACACUCUUUUCAGGUACCUGAAGAUUGUCCGGCCAUUGGAGAGUCAUGCUCUGCAGACAGUUCGUACCGCCUGCCACAUUUCUGCUGCUACUUGGCUCUCAUCAUUAACCACAUCUUUCAUCUACUUGAUCAUUUUUCUUCAGAACUCCUGGGGUCAAAACAAUGAAUUUACCUGUGAAUCCCAGGACAGUCUCCAGCUCAGUUUGGCCUACAAAAUCAUCCAUUGUAUGACCAUUGUGGUUUUCAUUUUUGUCCUGCUAUCUCUGAUUCUUCUAUACUGGAAGACUCUUCAAAAGCUAAGACAAGUUCAAUUCUCUACACAGACCACAUUCAGUAGCCAAACAUUCAGAAAGUCUAAGCGCAACAUGCUAGUGCUAAUAGUCAUUUUCUGUGCGUGCUUCAUGCCCUAUCAUCUGGUGAAACUGCCUUUCAUAUUUAUCAAACCCCUGCUGCAUGACUGUUUAGCAGUCCAUGCAUUCUACAUUCUGAAGGAGUUGACUAUCCUGCUUGCAGCACUAAAUGCCUCCUUGGAUCCACUUAUUUACGUUUUGUUUUGCAGGGCCUUCAGAGCCCAGUUUAACUUUAGGAGUAGCCAAACCUCAUGAAUGAG